GUCACAUCGCACAUUAUAGCAAAAAAAAAAAGUCACAAAAAGACAUCGUCUUCAAUUUGCAUUACAAAUCAAACAAAUUUGAAUUUACAUUGGAAAAAAAUGUUAUCCAAAUUGAAUAUCAUAGUUCUUGCCAUAGUCGCUCUUCAUACGAGCCUAAAUAUCGGUGUAUCCGGCGCAAAAACGAAAUAUGUGACGUGUGGCUCCGUACUAAAAUUGAUGAAUAACGACUACAGAGUUAGAUUACACUCUCACGACGUCAAGUAUGGCACAGGAUCCGGCCAACAAUCAGUAACUGGCACAGAGCUACAAGAAGACACUAAUAGUCAUUGGGCGAUAUUAGCGCCCUUGAAUAAGCAGUGUGAUCGCGGCGAAUCAAUCAAAUGCGGUCAACAAAUCCGUCUUCAGCAUAUAGCUACCAACAAGAAUCUUCAUUCACAUCAUUUCCAAAGUCCACUGUCUGGCAAUCAAGAGAUUUCCUGCUACGGGGAAAAUGGAGUCGGUGAUAGUGGUGACAAUUGGGAAGUUAUCUGUUCGGGAGAUGCUUGGAUGCGUGACUAUCCGAUUAAGCUGAGACACGUUGACACUGAUGGUUAUUUAUCGGUAUCGGGCAGAACGUUCGGUCGGCCAAUUAACGGUCAAAUGGAAGUCAUUGGAACAUUUAAUAUUAACCAUGCGACAGAGUGGAAGGCAGCCGAAGGACUGUUUAUUCAUCCCAGAGAAAUGAAGGAACAAAUCGUACACACCGAACUGUAAAAUUAAGAGACUAUUUCCCAUCGUAUUUGCGUGUUUUGAUUUUACCAUAGACUACACAGUUGUUUUUGUGAUACGUUUGACUGAUUAAACGGGAAACUUGAGUCAAAGUGA